AUGGCAGAGAUAAGGUACGGAUCAAAACUUGAGCAGACAGAUGGUGGCUAUGGAUGGGUUGUCGUAUUGUCGGCGUUCUUUAUUGGAUUUAUUACCGACGGAUUAGUUUACGCCGUCGGAGUUCUUUUAGUUGAGCUACUCGAACAUUUUCAGCAGAGUCGAGCAGCCACUGCGGCAAUUGCUUCUAUUAUGACCGGAGUUAUGCAUCUUGGAGUAGAGGGGGCCCCUGAACAGUCCAAGGGAACCGGCGCAUCUGGAUCUUUCAAGCUUGGGGAAGUGAAGAAGGCUGCCAAGAAAGCUGCCAAACCAAAAUCAGCUAAGCCAAAGAAGGCAAAGAGUCCCAAGAAGAAGGCGCAGCCAAGAGCCAGCGCAAAGAAGGCGCAUCCAGCAGCCCCAAAGAAGGCAAAGUACCAAAAAGCCACACCCAAAGAAACAAACACCAAAAAAAGGGCUGCCAAACCCCAAAAAAGGCGCAAUCCCCAAAAAGGCAAAAGGUCCCAAACCCAAAGGCAAGAAGCCCCCAAAAAGGCCGCAAAAGAAAAAACUUGA